AUGAUCUGCGCGAGAUUAUAUUAUGACCUGACAAAAAGAUACAUUCUAGACAAGAGGGAAAUAAUGAGCCUCCGCGGCCUCCACCAACACAAUCCAUCCCAUCGUCUUCUAGAACAACAUGAAACGACGAAAACCAGGUUGCCGGCUGAUGUUCAAUUUCAAGAGCCGCCAGUUCGGCUGUGUGUCGCUAAGGGAAAAAAAUAA